AUGUCCAUUCCCGUUAUCCAGAAUACAAAAAAUUAUGAGUGUCCAUGCAACGCGCCUGGAGAGCCUAUUCCAGCUCGUUCGCGAGAAGAUGGAAGUUGUUUACAAAUCCGUGAGAAUGCUGCGGAGAAGCUGGGUGAAGCGGCGGCGUGCUCUCCUGAUGUCUGCGCAUCAAUUUUGCAACAGCUCCGGCCUUUAAUCGUGGACAAAAACUGGGACGUACGGGUAGCUGCUUCCAAGUGUCUUGAUGUAGUGGGACGCUCUUUGCGGAUCGAGGACGAGAACAUCGCAGAAACAUUCGCCUUCGUCUCACUUGGCAGUCAUCAAUCGUGUUAUAACGCGCUAAGUUUGAAAAUGGUCGAUAUCAAUAAGGUGGUAAAGGAAGGCGCACCGUUGUUACGAAGCGGAGGAGAGGAGUACUACUACAAGACGAAUCUUACCGAUCCAGAACGACGAGUCCAUGCUGCAAAGCAACGUCGCUUACUACUUAAGCGUUUGAGUGGAUCGGAAAGACCAAUUUGGGAUACACAAGAAGAUCUUCUGACAAAGCAGCUACUUCCACGACUUAAUCGAGACCAUGCACAAGAGAUUGCGAAUGAUAUUGAGGCUAGUGAGGUGAUGGCUGAUAUGGAAGAAUAUCUUGCUGAAAAUGCUAGCCGAAAACCGGCAAUCGAUUUGCUCCCUUUGUCAAUACGACGGAAACGUCAUUCAAAUGCUGAUAAAAGCAGCGCUAAAAGAUUGAAAUCUAAUCAAGAUUAUCCAAACAAAGUGAAUAUGCAACCUGAAGGUGGCAGCAUGUUUGAAGGGUGGGCUAGCGAUUUCAACCAUUCAAGUAAAGCAACAAUUGUUGCUAGCUUGGUUUCUGAUUUAUUCGACAGUAUGUUUGAUUCCAAGUGGGAGGUUCGUCACGGCGCUCUCUUAUCGUUGCGACAAAUUUUGCUGUCAGCCCACUUCACCGCCGCUGUGGAGAUAUUUUGUAUAUCAGCCGAAAAGCCAUCCAAGCGUGAUCUUAUUGAUACGUGGCUGGAAGAGUGUUUGAUCCGAUGCAUAUGUGUUCUGGCUCUGGAUCAAUUUGUCGACUUUUCAGCUGAUGGCUCGGUCUCUCCUGUACGUGAGGUUUGCGCUCAGGUUUUUGGUAUUUUACUUGGCAACCUCUCCAGUAAAGCCAAAUUAGUCAGGUACCUGCAUGUGGUGCGAAUUCUUUUUCAAGGAUCGAUGUGGCAGGCUUGCCACGGUGGUCUCUUGGGGCUGAAAUAUCUGGUUCAAGCUCACAAACGGCACGCACCAGCUUUGCUACCCUUCUUCUUUCAUGAUAUUUUAAUGACGUUCUCGUUACCCAAUACAGUAGAGGAUGUGGUAGUUUUGGCCGCUGAUAUGCUCAAAAAUUUCGUGACUUUCAUGGAGAACGUUAGAUGUGAGGACCUGAAGAAUGCUGCUCAACUGUUGUGGAAAUCAUUAAGGCUAUACGAAAGCGCCGAUUUGGCAAUUACAAGCAUUGUUCAAGCACUGGAGGCUUGGUAUAAUCAUUCCGGAGUCGCAAAGAUAUUGCAAAGUAGCAACGAAGUCCAGACAGCGAGCUGGUCGAAUAUAUUUCUAACAAUCCCAAAGGUACAUCACUAUUCGCCGCAGGUUCGAGCAUCAAGCGCGAAAUGUGUGGCUGCCAUAUUUUCUAACGGAGAUUUAGCGUCAUCGUCAAAAUUCGUCAACUUUUCAACAGUAUUUCUGCCGCAUUUGCUGCUUCAGUUAUUUUCUGAUAAAAAUGAGUAUGUCCAAGAAAGCUUGCUUAUUGCUUGGAGGCAAGUAGUUUCAAGCUUGUCGAAAAAAGAGCUGCUCUUGCCUGUCAUUGGUAAGCAAUUGCCAAAGUGGAUGGCUUUAAUGUGGUCUCCGGACGAAAUUGAUUGUCUGGACGUUCGGGUUGAAGAUAUUGACAAUGGACUGUCUAGAUAUGAAGAACGUUAUUGUACGGACCAAAAUCUACCAAAAGACUUGUUUUUGUGUGUGAAGUUUGCCGAGGCUAUUGGAUAUGCCGCUGCUUACGUCCCCUUGUCUAGCUCGUGCAUGACACGGCUGGUCGAUAAAAUACGCGGUAAUUUUUUCAGUAGCUCUGGUGGGCGACAAUGUGCUGCGCUGGUAGUGCUGACGAAAUGGAGUUACUAUGAAAAUCAUUUGAAUGCUGAACACCGGCAUGAUCAGUCACGAUUAGAGCACUUGCAGAACGUGAUUGGACCUUUGCUAACAACAUUUGCGGACAAUCACUGGAAGAGGGCUCAGUCUGAUACAGCAUGCGAAGGUGGAUUAUUUUACCUAGAACAACUUUGUUUUUUAAAAAGGGUCAAGCAAAUGGAGGGUCGAAUCAUUGAAAUCUUCUCUUCUAAAGACAUACUAAUAAAGCCAAUGGAAAGAUCAAAAUCGUUGUUGAUAGCAGACAUUUCGAGACAGACAGCUGAGCACGUUGCUUCUUUUCCUUAUGGGAAGUUGCGUGACUACCCAGAAGCAUUUAAGAUGGCUCACUUCAAGCGGCAAGAUCUUUUCAUGGUAGACGAAAAUGUUCAGCAAAGCUUUUUUCGUUUUUACCACCGAAUUCAAGGUUUGGGGAGCAGCUUAUAUUGUGAAUUGCUUCCAAAUCCUAAACAAAGCGGGUUUCUAAUCAAAGCGUUGAUGAACUCGAUAAAGAAAGAAGAAGAAAUAGCCUUUCGCACCAUCCUGGCACAAACAAUCGCUAAAUUUGUUGCUGGCCGAGUGCAUACUCAGAAGAAGUGUGUUGCCAAGAUUAUUACAAAUCUCUGCAAUAAUGCAUCAGCUAUGGUAGGUGUAUCAUAUGACUGUGUCGACGCGACUGGCGGGGGCAAGCUUUUUCGAAACAAUUGCAGCACGUCGUUCUCACCUGAAGUCACCAAGGAGACAGAGAUUCGAGUGGCCGGAACUAAAGCUGCGCUUCAAGAAAUCUGCAAUCGCUUCGGUGGUAAUGUUUUCAUAAUGUGCCCAGCUUUAGAUGAUGCCAUUUCAAAGGCGUGGAAGCAGAGAAAUAUUGAUGAAAGUACUAUACAACGGUGCAUGCACUUGAUCAUGGUGGUGGCUCCCUUUGUUAGCAGCGGUGCUAUGAAAACGUGUUUGUCUUGGCUACACCCACUAGCCCAGUUGAUAAAGCAGCCAUAUCAAGACUUAUACACGCGCUGUGCAGUGGCUCACGGCGUUGCUACAAUUUGUAAGAGUGCUGAAGGUCAGCAUCGCGAAGAUGCGAUGUUUAUCGUGUACACUACGAUAUUCGCAACGUUUUCCGUUACAGAAAGUGUCAUUUCAAGUGAUUCACUUGAAGGUGCAGUCGUGGUGCUUGAAUGUAUUGUUCACACCUUAGACUCGGAUAUAAUCCCGUACGUACCAAGCCUUGUUCACUACGCAAUGAAAACCAUGAGCUCCCAGUUUACGCUUAUUCGCACAUGUGCAGCUAAAAUAUUAGCAGACUUGGUACCACUGAUUCCGCUUCAGAUGGAUUUAAAGCUGCGUGAUUUAGACCUGCAACUUUCCUGUUUAAAUACAAUAGUAAUGGAGAAUGCAGUUUCUCGGACUUUUCUACAAGGUUUAAUGGUUGGUAAAGCCAUUCAGCAUAUUGAUGUUAGGUCCUUGUUGACCCCAGAAACAUCGUUGCGCCUGUAUCAGCAGCAUGGCGUGGAUUGGCUGUGCUUUCUGGCCAACAACAAUCUUCAUGGGAUUUUGGCCGACGAUAUGGGUCUUGGCAAAACGAUACAGGUGCUUUCCGCCAUGGCUGCUACUCUAGCGGCCGUUACAGAAGGCAACCCAGUAAAUCCUUGCAUGAUUGUAUGCCCACCGAUUAUUGUUCAUCACUGGAUGCAAGAGGUGAAAAAUCAUUUAUCUGGCGUUUUUGCGUCCAUCGUUGACUACUCAGUUCCGGCGAUCGAUCGAAAAAAAAUUAAUUGCCAAAAGGGCUUUCUGAAAUCGAGGCUUGGUCCAACAUUAAUCAUAACAACUUAUACGAUUUUGCGUGCAGAGAUCAAAUUUUUGAGCUCAAUCGACUAUAUGUAUGUGGUACUCGACGAGGCACAUUUGGUCCGAAAUCCAGCCACAGAACUUUUUCGUGCUGUUUUAAAGCUUCGCACCUCACAUAGGGUUGCUCUUAGUGGAACUCCUUUGCAGAAUAAUGUCACUGACUUGUGGGCUCUAUUUGAGUUCUUGAUGCCAGGAUAUUUGGGCGAUUUUGGAAUGUUUCGUCGCGAGUUUGCUCUGCCAAUUGCAAAGUCAAAAGAGAGAAAUUCGACUACAGUGCAAAAAGAACAAGCAGCGAUCGCAAUCACAAGAUUGCACCAGAAAGUUCUACCGUUUAUUCUUCGGCGAACAAAAGAUCAGGUGCUAAACGAACUUCCGCCGAAAAUAAUCUCUAAUGUGUUACUUUCGAUGUCCCCGCUACAAAAUCGACUUUACUCCUUGACAUCGUCAGUAGAAAAUGACAUGACAAAGUCUGUAAAGUUUUCGGAGUCUAUGUUGCAGAAAGCAAAGGUGCCUACCAACGUGCUAGCAAAUCUUCAAUUGCUCCGCAAAGUGUGCGUACACCCAGCACUUGUUGCUGAUCAAAGCGUAACUCACGGCCUGAGUUCAAAAGAAAAGGAGGUACUUUGGGAUUGGAAGAGCUCCGGAAAGAUGGUUGGACUGCAUGACCUUUUAGUCGAGUGUUGCGAUAUUGCUACGCAAAGUCAGAAUUGUUAUCAAACCCCCAUCUUUAACUCAGGAGAUACAAGCUCUUCUACACAUCGCUGCUUGGUGUUCGCUCAAUUGCAAAAAACACUAGAUUUGACGGAGCAAAUGCUACAAAAUGCGCUUCCUAGAGUGACAUAUCGUCGUCUUGACGGUCAAAUCUCCCUCGCGAAACGUGCAGGCAUCGUGCAGCAAUUUAAUGUUGAUUCUUCUAUUAGCAUUUUGCUUUUAACUACAUCACUUGGCGGUCUGGGACUCACGCUCACUGGUGCCGACACAGUCAUCUUUCUUGAGCACUCGUGGAAUCCUUUUAUUGAUAAGCAAGCAAUGGACCGCGCACAUCGCAUUGGGCAGACACGUACAGUUCGCGUUUUCCGGCUGAUCAUGAAAGACACACUUGAAGAGUACAUUGUUGACCUUCAAGAAUACAAGGAGAAAGUCGCUGCCACUGUUGUGCAAAAGAAUGAUGCUCAAAGCGGCAUGCAUACCAAUACAAAAGGGAUGCUGGACUUGCUGCGAACGUCAUCAGCAACACUGUCGGCCAAUGACUUUUGUGGUGAAAAUGAUAAACAGGUUGCAGAAUCGCUUCCUCAAGGUGCUCGAGAAUUGUUAGACCAGAUUGGCGAGUUGUGGGACGAGGCCCAAUACAAAUCCUUGGCUUACCCAGAAACUAUAAUUUAG